UUCCAAGCACCUUGACACUGCCACCAACAAACCUGGGAUGCUACAGUUUGGUCCACUCAAAAAUGCCGUUCCAGCCGCACUUGGUCCCCAAAGCCAGACAGAGAGGGGCUGGCUCAGAGCAGCCACAGCAGAUGACCCCUCUGGAAGCAACAGGCCUGCUGCCUUCGGUGGCUCAGCGAGGUUCAGCCCUGCCCACAGCGAGUGUCACCACCCACCCCGGCUGUGCCAUGAGGAUGAGUGUGACCUCCGGCUUCAGAAGGUGCCAGGGCCAUGCAAGGACAAGAGAAGAUCCUGCCAGAGGGAAGUGCACAGGCUGGCUGGAGAAGGUAGGAGCUGCAAACAAGCACCAGAAUAAAACUGCUCCCAAGACUCCCUUAACCCCAAGGCAAAACAGGAUGGCUCUUCCCCAGAUUCCCAAAGGAGGCAAGGUCUUUGAGAAACCAGGCCAGAAGCUGCCAUGCCUCCCUGCCUCCUUCUCCCGUGCCAAAGCAGCCCCUUUGGGCACUCCUGACAUGGCGCCCUGGAAUGGGCCCUCCCAGUCCGAGACCUCCUUCCAUGCCCUUUUCAAGCCUGUGGUGUCCUUCUUGCACAGUGUCCCUUUCUCAGCAGCAGCGGGGACACCCAGCUCCUGCAGCUUCUUCCAAGACCACCACGGGGAGAAGGCGCCGGCUGCCGAAGGGGAGCAGAGGCAGAGGACCCUGAUGCUGCAAGGCAAGGCGAAGCAAAAGGCCCGGAGCAGAGGCUCGCCCAGGCACUUCCGGAGCAAGUGGCAGGGGGUGAAGCUGCCGCCCGUGCCCAGCAUCACCAACCUCAGCUUCAGCCGCAAUUUCACCUUCUCCUUCUUUGAGCUGCCUCCGCAUCAGGGCCCCCAGUACUGGGUGCAGCGCCAGCAGCUCAUCCGCCUCCUGAUGAAGCAGCUGCAGUAGCGAGCCCUGGCCUACCUCUGGGGCGCUGGGUGCGAAACAAGAAGGACGACCACCAGGUGCAAUGGGUGGAAUUGGCAACUUGCACCACCUCUCACGGGAAGAUAACGCUAAAUUCAGCCUCGAGCCUUGGAGAAAGCGUCCUCCUGGUUACAGUGGGGCCCACAGAAAUAAGAUACGCACAGCCCCCAUUCAAUCAGCUUGCCUCUCUGCUCCACAGUGAAGCUGCUGACAGGAGACGCUGGACAGUUUGUCAACGCUGGCAACAUCUGUGUCCUCUCUC